AUGCACAAAACCUUCGCCCCAGGUACAGCAAAUCUGACGCCGCACCUGAUGCCCUCUGGCGUCUGGUGGUUCUCCAGGAUGCAGCACAGCGUCCGCUCCGUUGCUGUCAGGGUGGAGUUGAGCAGGUGCACGUACUCCUUUUUGGUCUCACCGGCGGGGCCCUUGGGGGUGCGCAUGCGGAUGUCUAGGCGCCGCGACUGCAUGACUUGUGGUGGGGGGUUUAUAAGACGGGCUGGCUGCUCGCCACCAGGUGCAUCACCUCAGUGUGAGGACACCAGUAACACCGCCUAUGCAGGGGAAAGGUCCCCAUGA